AUGGCGCUAUCAUUUGCUGGGGUCGAUGAUGAAGUAGCCCCGACCUCGACCAGGGUUUGGACUGUCAUUGAGCACACUCGGUUCUUUGCGGCCAUCGACUUGUUCCCCCAAGGACCGUGGAAAGCCAUCGCCAAAGACAUUGGCACCCGCACGCCCAGACAAAUCCAGACCCAUGCGCAAAAGUACCGAGAUAAGCUGUUUCGCCAGAGCAAGGCGCCCAAGUUGCCGACGAGAAAGAUCAAGUCGGCCAUCGGCGACGUGUCCAAAGUCAAGACGCAUGUGGCGUUGCUCGAAGCGACCCUUCCUGCCGCUAGUGUGCUGCUAUACACGCAUCAUCCCGCCUUUGAAACGGAUGGUCUCGACUCGAGACCAUCCACAACUACCAUGACACCUAGCCCUUCCUAG